UCACUCCGUUCCCUACCUAGACAACACUUUAGGCGUAGUGCAUGGUCUUGGAACCUUUCUGGUGGUAAAUAGCUUGUUUUGAGUCUUGUAUGCUCACUCAAGUGUUUCAGUAUGAACUAAGCUGAUUCUGAAAGCGUCUAAUGGUAGUUGUCAGGCAUCUCGGCGGUAUUUGAGACACGCCCUGUUGAGCAGAACAGAAACGACAGUCUCAAUAUUCACUGAACUAAAGCGCAUCACUGUGAUGGAGAAGCCGGUGUGAAGGCACUGCAAUUUUUUUCUGCUCGUAGGUCAUUUGGCGAUUUUUUUGUGAAUAGCCUAAAGAAGUUUAACUUUUGACUGGAUUGCGAGUGAAGCGGCCUCAACAUGGGCUGUGUGGGGACCAAACCGGAGCAAGAUCCUAUUGGUAAAUCAGUGAACAGCGAUGACAACCGCAACGUGGCACAUUACACCAAAGACCCCACAACAGGGGCCAAAGCUAACAGAACCACCUCCAAUGCACAGACUCCUGGGACAGAUACUUCAGAAAACAUUGCCAUCGCUCUGUAUGACUAUGAAGCCAUGCAUGAAGGUGACCUGGGCUUCAAGAAAGGAGAUCGGCUCAGAAUCCUGCAGGAGUCCGGUGAGUGGUGGAAAGCAGUAAUCAUCAGCACUGGUCAAGAGGGCUUCAUUCCCAGUAACUAUGUUGCCAAAGAUACUCUGGAAACUGAAGAGUGGUUUUUUAAAGGUGUCAGCAGGAAGGAUGCAGAGAGACAGCUGUUGGCCUCUGGAAACAAAACAGGCUCCUUCAUGAUCAGAGACAGUGAGACUACCAAGGGAAGCUACUCUUUGUCUGUGAGAGACAGCGACCAUCAGGCUGACACUGUCAAGCAUUAUAAGAUCCGCACACUGGAUAACGGCGGUUUCUAUAUUUCCCCGCGAAUCACAUUCAACACCCUGCAGGACCUGGUCAGCCACUACAAAAAGCAGAGCGAUGGGCUGUGCCAGUCUCUCACCUCUCCCUGUCUGAGUCCCAAACCUCAGAAGCCUUGGGAGAAAGACGCAUGGGAGAUUCCACGCGAGUCCCUCAAACUGGACAAACGUCUGGGAGCAGGACAGUUUGGGGAGGUCUGGAUGGCAAUGUACAACAAGCACACCAAAGUGGCGGUGAAGACUAUGAAGCCUGGCAGUAUGUCUGUGGAAGCUUUCCUUAUGGAGGCCAACUUAAUGAAAAGCCUACAGCACGACAAACUGGUCCGUCUCAACGCUGUGGUCACCAAAGAAGAGCCCAUUUACAUCAUUACAGAGUUCAUGGAGAAAGGCAGUUUACUGGACUUCAUUAAAAGCGACGAAGGGAACCGAGUCCAGCUGCCCAAACUGAUCGACUUCUCAGCACAGAUUGCAGAAGGUAUGGCUUACAUUGAGCAGAGGAACUACAUUCACAGAGAUCUCCGUGCUGCCAACAUCCUGGUCAACAAAAGUUUAGUGUGUAAGAUUGCUGAUUUUGGACUGGCACGUAUCAUAGAGGACAACGAAUACACUGCUAGAGAAGGUGCAAAGUUCCCUAUUAAGUGGACAGCUCCAGAGGCUAUAAACUAUGGCUCCUUCACCAUCAAAUCCGAUGUGUGGUCUUUCGGCAUCCUGCUGACUGAAAUCAUUAGCUAUGGCCGCACGCCAUACCCAGGGAUGACCAACCCCGAGGUAAUCCGUGCUCUUGAGAGAGGUUACCGCAUGCAGCGUCUGGACUCCUGUCCUCAAGAGCUCUACGACAUCAUGCUAGAGUGCUGGAAGAACAAGCCUGAGGACAGACCCACCUUUGAGUACCUGCAGAGCGUGCUGGAGGACUUUUACACUGCCACCGAGAGCCAGUAUCAGCAACAACCUUGAGAAAAACACACACACACAUACACACACACACACAAAAUAUUUCAAUCCUUCACAUCAGUAACUCUCAAAGAAAUCAACACACACAUCCACCUUUUUUCCUGCAUGUGUCAAUUGCAUUUCAAACUAUGGGUCUGUUUCGUGAACUUCUAAUCAAAAGAACUGAAUAAAACCCUUUUAGAUGAUAGAGUUGUACCACAAAAAGGAAUCAAUGAACAGUAACAGUUACAUUUGGCCUCGUACUUUAUUUUUAUCCAUCAUUAUAAUUACGCUAUGCUUAAUGUUUUAAAGUAGCAGUCGAAUCACAA